AUGGCGAGUCAAGGUGUUGCUACCGACAGGAUGUUCUUUGACUACGUCCUCAACGCACUGUACGGGUCGUGCGGUAUCGACAUGUGCUUCUCGCUCUGGCGUGAGCUGAGUGCAAACGAGCUGGCGAUUCCAGACGGUCUGUACAUCUCGCUAAUUGAUCUCGGCACCACGAUUGGCUUGGAUUGA